AUGAACCAAAAGGUUGUGCUUGUCACUGGCUGCUCCUCUGGCAUUGGCCUGGCUCUAGCUGUCCGAAUCGCCAAAGAUGAAAAGAAGAGAUUCAUGGUCUAUGCCACCAUGAGAAACCUGAGCAAAGGGGCGGCUCUGGUGGAGGCGGCAGGGCGCACCCUCGGCAGAACGCUGCAGAUUAAACGGCUAGAUGUGUGUGAUGAGGGAUCCAUCAAAGCCUGCGUGGACAGUCUGCCCGAGCGCAGAGUCGACAUCCUCAUCAGCAAUGCUGGGAUGGGCUUGAUUGGACCCAUUGAGUGUCAGUCUAUGGAGGAGAUGAAGACAGUCAUGGACACAAAUUUCUUUGGGCUUGUGCGACUGCUAAAGGAGGUCUUACCAGAUAUGAAGAAACGCAAGAGUGGUCACAUCGUGGUUAUCAGCAGUGUUAUGGGCAUUCAGGGCAUAUUGUUCAAUGACAUCUAUGCUGCAUCCAAAUUUGCUGUGGAGGGGUUCUGUGAGAGCCUGGCCGUCCAAGCCCUGAGAUUUAAUCUGAAUAUUAGUCUGAUUGAGCCUGGGCCGGUGAUCACUGAGUUUGAACGUAAAGUGUACGAGGAAGGUAUGAAGAUUGACCUCUCCAAAGCUGACAAAGUGACUGCUGACAUGUUCACAAACAUCUACCUGAAGAACUACGGCCAGAUAUUUGAAAGCCUUGGUCAAACACCAGAGGACAUUGCAGAGCACACACACAAAAUAAUCACCAUGGAGAACCCACCGUUCCGUCACCAGACCAACACCCUCUACACGCCCAUGACAACCCUAAAAUACGCUGAUCCCAAUGGUGACCUGCCCAUUGACACCUUUUACAAAAUGGUGUUUGAACAUGACAAGGUCUUCAAUGCAAGUCUCAACUUCCUAAAACUACUACGAUGGAGAAGUCGAAAAAGCUUCUCUUUAGAGAAGGAUAAGAACCAAGCUUAG